AGAAUAACGGUUGUUGACACUUUUCUACUACUAAGUGGUGGACUUUUAUUUUGAACAUGUCCGGAAUUCUGUGACCCGGAAGUGCUUUUUUAGUGUUGCUGAAGAGACGCGUAUGACGCUGAUCUUAUUUUGAACGAUUCAUGGCUUAAUACAUUUUAUACACAGCGAUUAGCUACAAUUAAACCACAGAGAUACUUACACACGAUCACAAUGAACUACAUGCCAGGGACCGCGAGUCUCAUCGACGAUAUAGACAGUAAGUAGGGAUAGAGAAUGUUAGGAUGAGUUGAGGCAGCAGUGUGAGUGUGAGCAAGUCCGCACUGUUUCCAACGUUCGGAAAACAUUGAUGAUGAUCAUGAUUAGCAGAUACAGUUACCGUUAUUAUAAAUCCCUUCUUGUAACUAUUUAUUCUUCAGUCGUCAAUCGUCACGGGGCGACCUUGCAACAUUGUAUCCUGAACUCAGUGUUGGGGACAACGAUUGGCUACUUUGUAUCCGUUUGCUGUGGCUGAACUAUAAACAUUCAUUUUUCUCUUGCAGAAAAACAUCUUGUACUUCUUCGUGAUGGAAGAACGCUAAUUGGGUUUCUUAGAAGCAUUGACCAGUUUGGUAUGGCAAAUAAACCACCUAAUAAUCAUAUAGUAGUUUAAACACACUAGCCCACUUGGCAUACUAAGUUAGCUCAAGUUUAGAUCCCUGUACUAUGGAUAUCUUCCAUACAUUGAGAUGGAGUUGAGUUUACUAAGCUACCUACUAUGUAAGCCUUGAAAUAAUGUAACAUAUUCAAAAGUAGCUACAUUCAGGCAAUCAAAGGGGAAAUUAUAUCAACUUCACUAUCUCUUAACCUCUCUUUCAGCCAACCUAGUUUUCCAUCAAACAGUCGAGCGCAUCCAUGUGGGCAAGAAGUUUGGGGACAUCCCCAGAGGAAUCUUCAUUGUGAGAGGAGAGAAUGUUGUUUUGCUUGGUGAAAUAGUAAGUGUUCAUCCAUGCCACCCUCUUGUUCUUUAUCAGUAAUUGUUUAGCCUUCCUCGUAGAGUAGGUCUACACAUAGUAAUGUGUUUGUGUUCAAGUAGCCUGUUGAUUAGACCCGUUACUUGAGUGUAUAGCAGUUUUCCAAUAUGCUCACAUGAUUAAUUUUGCCUUAAACUUUAGUUGUCACCUACUUAGCGUGGUUCACACACAGUUGAUGAUAAUCAGUUGCUGGGGUUUACAAGUGUGUGCCACUGCGAUUGUUCUCCAGCAGGAUAUGCGUGACAUGUAGGUUUACAGUAUGUUUAAUAUGGUGUUCCCCUCUUUAGGACAUGGAUAAGCCAUGUGACACAGUCUUGCAGCAGGUUUCUAUAGAGGAGAUCCUAGAGGAGCAGCGAUUGCAACAGCAAGCCAAGCAGGAGACAGAGAAAGCCAAGGUGACCGCACUGAAGGACAGAGGCCUAUCCAUCCCCAAGGCAGAUAAUCUUGAUGAAUACUGAAGGCACUUCUGUUCUAUUUUCCUCUGUUAUACUAGACUCCCCAGUUAUUUUGGAGAUGGGGAGAAGAAUGUGUGUUUUGUAGAUGACGCAGCGUCACACUAAAUACUGUACUGAUUUCAUUUUGAUAAUGGCUCAUUGGUUAGAAAGCAAGCAAUGAUUUAAGUGAUGCAUUUUUGUUAUCUUUGAUGGCUGGCGUAAUGCAGGAAUUGAGGGUAGACCACACACACUAGAUUGUCUGCAAGACUACAUUUGAUGCGAUAAAUCAAUUGAAUACGAUUUUCAUACCACAGCACUUAAAACUUUGUCAAUAGUACAUAAUGAUGGACUCUUUAUGUUUGUGUAAACGGACCAUAACUGUAAUGGUAAGAUUUGUUUUCCAAUAAAGUGUGUUUUAUUUUAAUA